GAAACGCGUACCGUAAGGCAGACUCAACAAAAGGACACGUAUCUUUAUGUCAUCACUAUCCUUUCUCUACAUUUCCAAAUUAAGGCAAAGCGGUUGUUCUUCUGAUCAAUUGUUAGCACAAAGCUUCAUCAUAUUCUUCUGUUUAUCCUCAUCUUUUAUUAUUCCAUAACUCAAAAAGGAAACAAAAAUGGGGCUGCUUUCUAACAGAAUUGGUAGGAGCAGCCUCAAACCAGGAGAUCAUAUUUAUUCUUGGCGUGCUGCUUAUAUUUAUGCACAUCACGGUAUCUAUAUUGGGGAUAAUAAAGUCAUUCACUUCACAAGACGUGGUCAAGAAGUCGGAACUGGGACUAUUUUGGAUCAUAUCUUGGUAAGCUCGAUUCCAAAUCGGUCUCCUGUGCCUUGCACAAACUGCACCCCACCAUCAGAAGGUCAUGGAGUAGUUUCGUCAUGUUUGGACUGCUUUCUUGCUGGAGGUAUCCUCUAUCGCUUUGAAUAUGCUGUGAGCCCUGCUGUCUUCCUCGCGAAAGCACGCGGAGGAACCUGCACUCUUGCAGUCUCCGACCCAGAUGACAUUGUGGUCCGUCGAGCAAACUACCUCCUUACGAAUGGCUUUGGAUGCUACAAUGUGUUCAAGAACAACUGUGAGGACUUCACCAUCUACUGUAAGACAGGACUCCUCGUGGUAGAUCAGAGUACAAUGGGCCAAAGCGGACAAGCAGUGUCUAUAAUUGGUGGACCACUUGCAGCUGUUAUGUCAACACCACUACGCCUUGUCACAACCAAUGUAUAUGGGAUGGUAGCGACAGCUGUUGGGGUUUAUUGUGCCAGCCGCUAUGCAGCUGAUAUUGGCAUGCGGACGGAUGUGAUGAAGGUGUCUGCGGAAGAUCUAACAACGAGGCUAACAACUGGCUUGCUGCAGGUUGUUGAACCGAACCUUGCAGCUUUGCCAGCUACUGUUAGCUAGUAUUAUUUCUUUAUAUGUAAUGUGUUUAGAAUCGGAAAGUGAACGUUCUUUUUUAAGUCAUUGGAGCCUCUUGCUAUAUGUCCAAGGCUCUUUUAUUACGUGCUGUUUCGCCUCCAAAAACUUGUAAUGGACUAUUGUAAUUGUGAUGUUUAAUUCAUUCCCCCUUCCCCUUAUAUGUUCCUUUUUCA